AUGGAUGAACCACAAAGCCAGAGGACGGCAGAGCAAGCCGUUGAUGCGCCUGCUCUACUACUAUCGAAUGACGAACGUCGCGUUCUGGCGCUCUACGACGAACUUCGCGACCUCGAAGUCAAGGUUGCCCUCAUUGAAGCACAGCAGAGAUACACCCCAGAGCCAUUCUUACAAAACACCGAGGAGAAUGUGCGACAGGCACAGCAAGAUGCGGCCAAGGCGCGUGCCGGAUGGCUGCUGAGGAACGACAUUACGGAUAGCGUCAUGACCGCCAACCCAAUUCUCAAAGCGGUCCAUAGUAGCACGCAAUCCACACCCAUAGAAACUGACCUCCUCCCUCACAUUCGUGCUCGCGACGCCACUUCGGUCACGCUCUCGGAAACCUCUUCUGACAUCCGUGCUGCCAUCAACGAGCUCACGGAAGUCGAGGCCGAGAGCUUGCGGGUAGGUCGGCGGAACGUCGAGCUCACGGCCGAAAUUCUCCGGUUGACUGAGGAGGCGGAGGCCAGGCGAAUGGGCGAAACCGGCGACUUCGGCGUGCAGGGGGAUAUGUAUAGGCUUCAAGCCGAGGUCAAAGCCAGUAGACAGCGUUGGAAGGUCAUGAAAGGUACAGCCAGCGCCAUAGUGGUCGGCAGUGGCAUCGAUUGGACAAGGGAUGAAGCACUGACGGAUAUCGUACUGGACCCUGAGGAUGAGUCCUGA